AUGGCAUCGCGCUCACUCCUCGACAGACUCGAGGAACUCUGCAACGUCGACGUCGACGAUGUGGACACGGCGCUCAUCAAGAGCUUGCCCUUUCCUCCGCACAAUCAGACUUCGAAUCAAGCGGUCAUAACGAGCGAAUUGCUGAAACCCGAGAAUAGCACGCUGCUGGAAGAGCUCGUCGACAAGUAUGGCAAGGAAGGCUGGGAGAAGGUGUAUAAUAUGGCGGCUGUCACUUUUUGUGCCAGAAAUGUCCCCUACUUGUCUGGCCGCGUACUUGUACAGACCUCACUCCGUCACGUCAACGACCGCGCCGCCAUCAUCAAACACUGUCACGAGUAUGCCGACGCCUUCGAAAGGGCUGGAGUUUCAAGAGAUCGUUUCGCCAUAAAGGUGCCAUUUUCGGGAGCUGCGGCCUCGGCGGCCCUAGAGCUCAAUGCACAAGGCAUCCGCACUCUGGCGACCGCUGUCUUCUCUCUUGAACAAGCCAUCGCAGCCAGCCAGUCAAACUGUCUGUUCAUCAGCCCAUACUACAAUGAGAUCGCUGCGCAUCUCGAUCCAUCGUUACGUCCACAGGUCACAGACCCAGCUCUCGAGCAUCCCAUGUCAGCCCGCGUAAUACACAUCCUCAAGACAUUUGCGGAAGCCUAUGUGCGGACUGGAAAGGAACAACCGGUUAUGGUGAUUGCGAGCCAUUUCAAUGUUGCCGAGAUCCUUGCCAUGGCCGAACUGGGAUGUCAGCAUGUCACCAUUCAAGGCCACAACCUCAAGAAGCUCAUGGAGACACCUGACACUCUUCCUCCGGUAGUUAAGAAGAAGCCCAAGCAUCCGUAUGCCGAGUUCGCCGUUGCAGAGCGCUUGAAGACGUUGGAAGCCCUAGAUCCGCUUUCCGGACCGGAAUGGAAUGGAGUGCUAGCCACAAUGGACACUGACUUUGUGGUGGACGACGGCGAGAAGCUUGACAAGUUUAUCGCCGAGAACCCGGUGCUAAAUAAAAGGUUCGGAGAUGCUUGUAAAUUUUUCCUCGAGGCCGAAGAAAUCGCCAGGGCGGCGAUUGAAAAAGUCAUGGCGGUCAAAGGCUUAUAA